AUGCUUUUAUCAGUUCCUCCCGAGAUUUUCUUGGAGGUCAUUUCCUUCCUUUCCCUGAAAGACCUGGCGCAACUCGUCGGUGUUUCUCGCGAAAUCCAGCCCGCAGUACUCGAAAUACUCUACAAGUCUAUCAAAUUAUACAAUCGAAAUCCAUCCAUCAAGUACACCUUCGACCUGCUGAAGAAAGACGGGUUCGUCGCCUCGCAAGUCACGCACGCCACACUCGUUACGUACGUGAAAUGGGGCGAGCCAGCUGCGACCGACAAGUGGUGGGACUCAGAGGUAUUAUCGAAGGUGAAGAAUCUCGAGACAGUUGAAGUGAUAGGCCCCCUUCUUGGAGACCAUUUCAUCAUACCUGCAAUCAAGUCUCUCCGACGGGCGAAAGGCGGCCUUCCGCCCUCGGUGAAGAUUAUUACCUUUCGUACCUCUCAGGAGCGUCGCUGGGUAUACACGUACCAUCCGAAAGAGCACGUUGCGCGCGUUCAGAUAUGGAUGAACAUUGAAACCAUAACAGCGUCGACAUUCGCGAGAGAUUAUGGCAGAAAUCUGACCCACUUCACGAUGUCCUCUAAAUCUCUCGUCAACUACUUUCCGGGCAUCUUUCAUCCUUCGUUCCGUGUCCAUAUGCCCAAGCUCACGCACCUCGAGCUGGGGAACGUCACGCGUAUCAAAGGCGAGUUAUUCCAGGCGGUUCGAAGGUACCUCACGGAGUUCAUUAUUCGACACGACACGAUCACCCAUCUCUCUCUGGGGACAAAGCGCCCGUCUGCCCGUCCGACACAUUAUUUCAACUUCGACGAAACGAUCAUCCUGCCGGACUUCCUUCCUGCUUUGAGGAGCUUCGAGGGCUUCCCUGAGAACGUCCUGGUUCUCCAGAAUCGCCACGUCAAGUCGAUGUUUAAGUUUACGUCGCUAAAUCUUGCUGAACGGGAGGCGCAGUCUCCCGCUCGUCGAGAAACUCGGGAUCAGGACGACGACUGGCAUGAUGCCAACUUGGAUAUCAUGGGGUGUCUUCAACGCCUUCAACGCCUCCCGACGGUAUUUCCCAGAGUUGUCGAUUGGGAAGGGAGGUUCCCGGCGCCAUCGUUCGGAAAGCUGCUGAUGAUCUUGGACAGUAACUAUUUACUCAAAAUAUUCGGUGGAUUCAAGCACCUCGAGGAUAUCACCCUCCCGAAGCACAUUCUCUUUAGCAUGCUCCCCUCUCCGGCACUGGAUCACGAGAACCUCUAUCCUUUAGCGGAGAUUUGCCCAAAGCUGAGUAAAAUAAUCGGCCAGAGGAGCAAAUACAUGUUGUCUGGAGAUUAUGUAUUCAAGCUCGAGCGUGGAGAGAAAGGCGACCUUGUUGAUGUUUUGGUUGAGGAGGUAUUUUCUGUCGAGGGAGGAGCGAGUCCGUAA